UACACCAAAUAAUGCGAAAAAAUACGUGCAAUACAUGAGUAAUACUUCAAUCUUAAAUCAAUUCAUAAAUUCGUUUUUAUGUAAACCAAUACUCUAAAAAAUACAAUCUUGAGUAUUAAUGCAUAAGAAAAUACGUUAAUUCAGUGCAAUACUUGAUUCAAUACAUUAUGUGUGUUGUUAUGAUUUUGACAGUUGCUGAAAUUUUUCUCACUAACAAAAAAGCAAGCAAAAAAGGCAAACAUGGACGCAGUUGAGUUGGUCGUACUUGAUUACUCCUUCUGGAAGACCGUGGAGGAUCUUCUCGGCGAGCCGAUCCCCGGUUAUUUGAAAAGAAUCAUAACUGCUGCUGGGUUCGCACGAUACAGUGCGCUAAAGUCAAUUUCGGAGGAGUUCAAAAAAGAGCUUGAAAAUUUUGCGCGGGAACACAUGACAAUGUUUGACAAAACCGCUGAAAAUUUUCAUAUUUUUCACCGUAGUCCAAGCAAGUUUUGUAUUGUUCCGGGACACUGGAAGUUACUGUGGGAGCUUCCUGGCAAAUUGCCCGAGAGCAAAAAGCUAUUUGUGAAGUUGCAGAACAAGGUGAUUGAACCUACUCCGGUUUUGGCUGAUCAAUUCGCUCUCGGUCAGGCCCAACGUCCAGCCACGACUCCUUCGAAGUUAGCUACUAUUCAUGAAUGCACGGAACACACCACCAAGCACACCACCGAAUCUGCUGUUAUUCGAACAAAAAUUAGCAGCUGGUUGGAAGGAAAGGGUAUGGAGGUACCAGCAGAAAUUACUGUGACUGUUUUGGGAGCCCGGCGAGCAACAGUGGAUUGCUUCUACUGUGCUAAGCCCGUUGCGCUGAGUAGCAGAGAAAACAAAAAUGGUUCAUGGGGCUGGAUCAUUUCCAACUACACCCAGCACCUCCAGCAGCAUGCAUCCAGUAAGCGGAACACUUUGGAGAACUAUUUCUACCGUGCUAGUUCGACGGGAGAAGCUGGGGUCGAAAUUCCGGGAGAGACAGUUGUUCCAGCUGCGAUGGACUCUCCAUCAACUGGCGUAAGCGAUCGGAAAGCCGGUCUUAAAAGCGAUUCUCCUGCCGUCCCUUCGAUCUCGGCUACGAUCGAAGAGCAAGUCGAAGAGUACGUGGUGUAUGAAGAGCUUGACGAAGAGAUGCUGGAAAGUAAUGAGAAUCGUUCCUUGGACUACGAGGAGGACCUGAAGGACACUCCGGCCAACCCAGAUGAACUUGAGCAUGACACAGGGACCCAAGAUGGAAACAUCUCUGCAAGCUCUGCAAGAAGCCAACAGCUAACCAUUGCAAAAAAGCAAACCAUACUUAAAAUUGAGUAUGUUUAGAUCUUGGUUUAGAUCGAAUCGAUUUUAAUUUGUUUUUUUUUAACUUUUUGUCCAAUAAAGUUUGUUAUACGGUUUGUUACAUAUUUUUUUUCUUUUAUUCAAUUUCUUUUUUUGUUUUGGACGGUUACUAAUUGAACGUUGAACAGCGUGGAAACUUCUUAACUAGGACAGAGUACGUAAUCCUUCUGAGACAGUUCACCAGACGUGCGAGGAUGAUGUAGCACCCAAGGUAGCACCUAAGAUGGCGAACUGACCCGCAAGAUUAUGGCAAAAAUUCUUGAAAUUGUUGUUGUAAGGUCCAUGUAGUUUUUUUUACUUUAUUAACGAGAUAUUAAGCCCGGGCUAGUUUAUCUCGUGACUCACGGCUUUAUUUCCCUUCCAAAGAAAGAGCUCACACUUUGUGAGUUUGUCGAGAGCGGGAUUCGAUCCCAGGUCUCCUCGGCAUGAAAGUCACGUGCUUUAACUAUCUUAUCAGGUCUGCUUCCGUCCAUGUAGUAUAUUUGGACCCUUAAAUAAUACCAAUAUAAUAUCUCUCGAACUUUAUGUAUGUCUACUUUGUCAUUCAUAAAUCACGUUUUUAGCCAGUCAAAGGAGUCAUCAGUCUUCGUCUAGUUACGUCAAGUUGAGACGCAUUUGCGUCAAAUAUUCAUCUUUAGUAUUGAUCAGCACUAUUAAAUGUGGCACGUUCCUUACCACUACUGAUUCUCCGGUUGUUUUUACAACUUAUAAUGACAUAAAAUGAUUAAGAAAUUGAGAAAUUGGAAUACAUAAGAUCAAGCAUGAGAUAUUAUUAAUUAUUGCAUAUUAUUCAAAUCUUGAUUCAAAUUAAAUAAAAAAAGAAUGUUCCACAAACUCAUCACAAACUAGGUCACAAACACUUUGAUGCUUUUGUAAAAGGAUCCUAAAAACUAUCUCAAAUCUAACCGAUUUAGGGUAUUGGGUAAAUUGGGUC